AUGCAGAUCAAAAAUUUCAGCGUUAUUUUGAUAUUGUUCAAGUUUGUCGUUAACUCUGAUGGUUUCCUGCUACACGGCUCUGCUGGUCCUCUAACAGCCCGGCUGGGAGGAGCUGUACUGCUGCCCUGCUUUGUGGACAGACCCCUGCCUUUGGAGGAGCUGGAGGUGGACUGGAGAAGGACUGAUUCAGACACCAUCGUGCACCUAUUCCAGGGGGGUCAGAGCAGACCUGAAUCACAGGGGGACGCCUACAGGGGCAGAGUGCACUUCUUCUCUCAGGAAAUCCCCAAAGGCAACUUCUCUCUGCUGCUUGACGGUGUGAGGACUGCAGAUGUAGGAGUGUACAAGUGUGUGGUUUAUACAGAGCAGGAGCAACGUGAAACAUGGGUGGAAAUACAGGAAGUAGAGCGGCUGGUGGUGACGGGUGCAGAUGAGCCUGUCUAUGCACAUGCUGGAGAGGAUGUGACUCUCAGCUGCUCUGUGGACACCCAUGUUAAUGUGACAGAGCUUCAGGUGGAAUGGAGAAAGACAGACGAUGACGGUGACAUCUUGGUGCUUCUGUUCACUGAUGGAGAGAACAGACCAGAGUCACAGGAUGGGAGAUACUCUGGAAGAGCUGAAUUCUUCACUGAGGAAAAUCGCAAAGGAAACUUCUCAAUGAAACUGAGGAGUGUCAGGAUGGAAGACAAAGGAGAGUUCAGGUGUGAAGUCCACUCAGAUACUGAUUCUGCCAGUACAACAGCCAGGAUAGCAGCACUGGGUUAUUCAUCCCUGCAUUGGCUGAUUCUGUGGCUGUGCAUCACUGUCACACCUGUAGUCCUACUUACUGGUGCUUUAUCUGUCAGGCAUUUAAUAAAGGAAGAUAAAAGCAAACAGGCUCUGCUGAGUCACUGUUCACAUGUCACAGUCCCACAGAUCAUGGUUUCCGCAGCCUUCAUCCUGUGGGGUGUAACGGAAGGAUCCACAGAAGAGGCUGUUACUUGUACUGCCAUCAGUCUGCUGUAUAUCCUGGUGUUGUUUAAUAUGGCUCCAUAUCGGAAAUCAUUCACAGGGUCCUCCAGUGGGCAGAGUGGCAUCGGAGACGACGUCGUGAAAGAGCCUGAAAGCACUGCAUUCAUCACCAAGCCUUUCAGGUUCAUGAAGGAUCUGUUAGGGCAGAAGCAUAGCAGCAAGCUGGCCUGUUCACAGGGGGAGAGGGACCAGCAUCUGCAGCAGAUGUAUAGCGACCCAACAAGAGAUCAGGACCUGGGAGAGUGCAGCACAGUGAUGCAGCCGACCGAGGCAGCUGUGCAGUUUGACAUGUCAGACCUGCAGCUGAAAGAGGAUCCUGAGGUAGUCAGGAGAGGAUGA